GGCAACAGUGGUGAUUAAUAUCAAGCAGUAGCACAAACCGGCGUAAACAAUUAGUGAACUAAACUAUGAAUUUGGGCUUAUUACACCGAUGCGAAGUAGCUAUAUACUUUAGCGUCUAUAUACUCUACAUUGGAGUUGGACUAUAUCAGAUCUACUUGUUGCGUGACCGUAUUGUGAGUCAAGCACGCUACGGAUUCACUCCUGGUUGGCCGUUGUUAGGGCGUAAGCGCGACAACACUAAUGAUGACUUUGCUAACUUUCGUGAUUAUUUGGGCAUUUAUUGGCCCUACUUCAUAAUACAUUUGCUGGUGAGCAGCAUAACAAAAUGGAAGUGGCCGCAGCUAAAGCAACAUGGACACGUGGCCGUCAGCGCUUUAGCGCUACUGGCGAGUCUGCAUUGGACGUCGUUAAGCAUAUUUGCUGCAGUAUUGAGUAGCUUUUAUUUAGCAGGAAAGCGACGCUCGAAGAAAGUAACUUGGUUGCUGGCUAUAGCGUGGUUGUGUUUUAUGGAUGUAGUAAAGAACAAUGACUGGUGGAUGCGACAGGUGGACUUUGCGGAAACUGUAAUGGUGGUAGUAUCUUUUGGCUGGAGUGUGUUGCGAGGCUGUAGCUACUGUCUCACUAAAUCAUCCACUAAUAAUUUGGUUGAUUUUCUAGGCUAUAUGCUGUACUUUCCCAGCCUAACAACAGGACCCUUAAUUAGCUAUGAACGCUAUAGGACAAAACGAGAGACAAAUGGUUGGCCCCACUUACUGCAAUCGCUGCUGCGCUGUGCCUUUUGGUGGCUUGUGGUGCAGGUUUCUUUCCACUACAUCUACGUGCCAUAUAUGACCAAACAUGUCGAAGUCGUCGGCUGGAUACCUUCGGUCUUCUGGUGUUAUGCUGUUGGCUAUUUCCUUGGACAGUUCUUUAAUACUUACUACAUGAUUACUUACGGAAUGGGCGUUGCUUUUGCAGAGUUCGAUGGCAUUGCGUCGCCCUCAAAACCACGCUGCAUUGGACGCGUUCACUUUUACUCAGAUAUGUGGAAAUACUUCGAUGAAGGACUCUAUGAGUUUCUCUUUAAGCACAUUUACGUUGAAGUAUGCCGCAAGGAUUCCUCGGUCCUGCUCAAACUCUGGGGCACGACGCUCACAUUUAUAUUUGUGUACUUCUGGCAUGGCUGCUAUACUUUCGUCUUCAUCUGGAGCGCAUUAAAUUGCAUCUGCCUGAUCGCUGAGAAAUUCUACAAGGCCCUAAUCGAUAUGCCCGCAUAUCAAAAUUGGAUGCAUAAACAUUUGGGAUUUGGCGGCACACAACGUUUUAAUGCACUACUUGCCACUCAAAUCUUCAUACCGGCUGCCUUCUCCAAUGUCUACUUUAUUGGCGGCCUGGACAUUGGCAACUUUCUUAUGCGUUGUGCAUACCUAAGCGGCGUGGGAAACUAUCUAGCACUCAGCUUUUGCACCUAUUGCUUCUUUCAGUGCUCCGAAAUUGUGGCUGAGAGUAAGAAUCGUCAAAAAGUAAAGGAGAAAUUGACUGAAAAACAAUUGUGAUCUAACUUCCAACUUGCCAGAGGAUUUACCUCAACG